UUCUGCUUCUUCUUGCAGGCGGGGGUGUCCUUUGAGGAGGUGGCUGUGCGUUUCACCCCGGGGGAGUGGGCCCUGCUGCGCCCAGCCCAGAGAGCUCUCUACAAGGAAGUCAUGCUGGAGAAUUUUGGGAACGUGGCCUCUCUGGGGCCUCUCAUCUCCAAACCUGACCUCAUAUCCCGGCUGGAAGAAGAGGAAGGGCUGUUUUUCCUGGGCUGCGAUGAAGAGAAGGGAUCAGCAGCAGGAGAAGUGUGGAAGUCAGCGAAUGAAGCAGAAGACCACCGAUGGAUGGAAAAAGAGGAUACGUAUUCCAAUGUGAAAGAGAAGAUUGAAUCUUUGGAUGCGCUACGGCAGGAGGAAGGAAAACACCUAGCCAAGGGGAGGAAUAAUUCUGGUCUUUUACAGGGGGAGGGCUCUCUUCAGCAAAACACAUGCCAAAGAGACAACAGAAAGGAGUGCACAGCAAGCAGUGAAAAUGUCACUGAAAUAUCAGUUAUUGGUCUCCAAGAAAGCAUGUGUAAUGUAAAAAAAAUAUAUAAAUGCCUGGAGCGUGGGAAAAGUGUCAGGCAGAGAGCAUGCCGUACUUCCCACCAAAGAAAUAACACUGGGGAAAAACCAUAUAAAUGCCUGGAGUGUGGGAAAAGUUUUGGAAGAAAAGAUGUCCUCAUCUCCCAUAGGAGAGUUCACACAGGGGAGAAACCAUACAAAUGUUUGGAGUGUGGGAAAAGUUUUGGAAGAAAAGAUUGCCUCAUCUUCCAUCGGAGAAUUCACACGGGGGAGAAACCAUACAAAUGUUUGGAGUGUGGGAAAAGCUUCAGUCAGAGAUCAGGCCUUCGUGAGCAUAAAAAAAUUCACACUGGGGAGAAACCAUAUACUUGCCUGGAGUGUGGGAAAAGUUUCAGGCAUAGAGCACACCUUACUUCCCAUCAAAGAAUUCACACAGGGGAGAAACCAUAUGAAUGCCAGCAGUGUGGGAAAAGUUUCAGGCAUAGAGAUGGCCUCAUCGCCCAUCGAAGAAUUCACACAGGGGAGAAACCAUACAAAUGCUUGGAGUGUGGGAAAAGCUUCACUGUAAGUACCAAUCUUGCUUGCCAUCGAAGAAUUCACACAGGGGAGGAACCAUACAAAUGUCUUGAGUGUGGGAGAAGCUUCAGUCAGAGAUCACAACUUAGCGUUCAUCAAACAAUUCACACUGGAGAGAAACCAUGUAAAUGCCUAGAGUGUGGGAAAAGUUUUGGAAGAAAAGAUAGCCUCAUUGCCCAUCGAAGAAUUCACACUGGGGAGAAACCAUAUAAAUGCCUGGAAUGUGGGAGAAGCUUUCGUUACAGAACUGCUCUUACCUCCCAUAGGAGAAUUCACACAGGGGAGAAACCAUACAAAUGUUUGGAGUGUGGGGAAAGUUUUGGAAGAAAAAAUGGCCUCAUCUGCCAUCGGAGAAUUCACACGGGGGAGAAGCCAUACAAAUGUUUGGAGUGUGCGGAAAGCUUCAGUCAGAAAUCAGGCCUUCGUGAGCAUCAAAAAAUUCACACUGGGGAGAAACCAUAUACUUGCCUGGAGUGUAGAAAAAGUUUCAGGCACAGAACAAGCCUUAUUUCCCAUCAAAGAAUUCACACAGGGGAGAAACCAUAUGAAUGCCGGCAGUGUGGGAAAUGUUUUGGACAAAGAGGUCUCCUCAUCUCUCAUCAAAAAAAUCACACAGGGGAGAAACCAUACAAAUGCUUGGAAUGUGGGAAAAGCUUCACUGUAAAUAGCAGUCUCACUCGCCAUCGAAGAAUUCACACAGGGGAGAAACCAUACAAAUGUCAUGAGUGUGGGAAAAGCUUCAGUCAGAGAUCACAGCUUUGUGUUCAUCAAAACAUUCAUACUGGGUAGAAACCAUAUAAAUGCCUGGAGUGUGGGAAAAGCUUCAGUGGGAGAUUGCAGCUUUGUGUUCACUGGAGAGAAACCAUAUAA